AUGCCGCGACGCUCGGCCCAUUGUCUCGCCUCACUCCUCUUCCUCUGCGCAUUCCUCAGCCUCAUUUUCGCCACGUCUCAACCACAGCGCGACACACACGCACACCGGCGAGUCGUAUCGUCGAAAUUCGCGAAUGCGGGCCGACGAAGGCUAAAAGGAGCUGAGGACGCGGCGGCGGAAGGGAAGGAGAGUGGCGAGACGUGGACGGAAGCGGAGGAGCAUGCUCUCGUCAUUCCCAAGGGCGUGGCGUUCUAUCACCGGGGGAAAAACAGCGGCCGGCAAGGAGGGGCAAGCGGAGGGGCGGGGACUAGACUAGCCGCGCCGAUUGAUAUCACGCCGGGGAAAGGCGAGCGCGGAAAGCGAGGGGGGCAGGCGUCGGGAGGGUCGAGCAACAGCGGCGCGGGAAAGUUCCCCGUUAUUACUCCGGGGGGCAAAAACUCGACGGGCAGCGGCGGUGGCGGCACCGGCGGAGGGGGGAUUCCGCCGAAGAAGAAGCGGGGCGGGCCGAACGGCGGAUGGACGCUCGGGAAGGAGCGGAGGGUUUCCUUAUCCUCCGCGCUAGAGAUGAAAUUCGGCAACGGUCAGUUCGGAAAAGGCGGGAAAGUGACGUACCAUGGCGGCCCAGUAAUGACCAAGUCGCCGAUCAGAUUGUACCUUAUAUUCUACGGCGACUGGGACGCGACGACGGUGCAGCUGUUUCACAAGUUCGUCGACUCUAUAUCGGGGAAAUACAAGACGCCGGCUGACCGUUACAAUGUCACGCGGUGGUGGGGUCUGACGGCGGCCGGCACGCAGGCGGACGGCAAGCGCGUGAGCUCGACCGUGGCGCUGGGGAAGUCGGUUCUGGACAGGAACUACGUGUCGGGCGGCGGGAAGGUUCUGCGCAACUACCAGAAGGACGUGGUAGCCAUCAUCAACUAUCACCUACGGAGCAAGCUGCUGCCCUUCGACACGGACGGCAUCUACAUGGUCAUGACAGAUCCGACGGUGGAGGUGAAGAGCAGCGAUCCCAGGGACGGAUUCUGCACGCGAUUCUGCGGAUACCACAGCUACGGCCAGGAUGCGCUGGGCAAGGCCCUCAAGUUUGGAUUCGCUGGGCACUCCGCCCGCUGCCCCUCGCAGUGCACCCGACCGCUUCCCUACGACACAUUCAACGGUAUCAAUGUAGACGCCACUCUAUCCACCUUCGCCCAUGAGAUAGCGGAGGUAGCCCAGGACCCGCUCUUCACGGCAUGGUACGACCAUGAUCAGGUGGAGGGAGCGGACAAGUGCACGUACAUCUAUGGGGAUGGCUGGGUGAAUCCCCGGAAUGCAGCGGCUUAUAACCUUAUGGGAAGUAAGGGCGCCCUCUGCCGCGACUCAGUGCCCGCUAUCAUGGUGGCUGCGCCGUUAGCCUCGUUCGUCCCCGUGCCUCCCAGCUGCCACUUCCCGAUCCAGAACCUCCCUUUCGGCGUCUUCCGACCCUCGCCGGGAGGCUCGGCACGAGUGGGCGUGGCGAUCGGCGAGCAGGUUCUGGACCUGUCGGUGGUGGCGGACGCGGGGCUGCUGGGCGACGUGGGCGACGUCGUCAUAGAGACAGGCUGCUUCCACCAGGCGUCACUGAACGCGUUUAUGGCGCUGGGCCGCCCCGUGUGGCAACGCACUCGCACCACCCUUCAGCGCCUGCUCUCUGCGGACGAGCCAGCACUGAGGGACAACAAGCCUCUGCGCGCCAAGGCCUUCCACCCUCAGGCGCGUGUGAGCAUGGAGCUACCAGCAGUGAUAGGCGACUACACGGAUUUCUACGCGUCCCGCCACCAUGCCACCAACGUGGGUCGCCUCUUCCGCGGACCAGGCAACGAGCUGCCCAAGCAGUGGUUGCACAUGCCCAUAGCAUACCAUGGCAGGUCGUCGUCUGUUGUGGUCUCCGGCACUCCCAUCGUGCGGCCCAGGGGUCAGUUGGGGCUGCCUGCCUCGCCCCCCACGCCCCUCGCCCCUCUCUUCGGCCCCACACAGCAGCUGGACUUUGAACUCGAGAUGGCGGUGUUGAUUGGACCGGGCAAUGAGAGGGGAGAGAGCAUUCCAGUGGAGGGGGCGCUGGACUGCUGCUUUGGCAUGGUGAUCUGUAACGACUGGAGUGCGAGGGACAUCCAGCGGUGGGAGUACGUUCCACUCGGCCCCUUCCUUGGCAAGAACUUCGCCACAACCAUAUCCCCCUGGGUCGUCACAAUGGAUGCUCUCCGCCCCUUCAUCUGCUCCCCGCCCCCUCAGGACCCAGAGCCACUGCCAUACCUCCGGGACCCCAAACCCGUCAUCUUCGACAUUCACCUGCAGGUCUCCCUUGCUCCCUCCGCACCUCCAUCCCCUGCUCCCCCCACCACCACAUCCACACAGCCCACCACAUCCACACAGCCCACCACAUCCACACAGCCCACCACAGCAGCCACACAGCCCACCACAGCAGCCACACAGCCCACCACAGCCACACAGCCCACCACAGCAGCCACACAGCCCACCACAGCAGCCAUCCUUCCAGGCGCCCCUCCGCCCGUGCCUCCGUGCCCACACGCCCUCCUCUCCGCUAAAGCUCUGGACUCCCCUCCCUCUGCUGCUGGGAACGCUUCUCUCUCCCAGAGGCUGCCACCUGUCCCUGUGUGCAGCAGCAACUUCAAGCACCUGUCAGUGUCUUGUGCCCACGGGUGCAUGCAUGCACGGGCAUGGAAGUGCUUUUGA